AUGGCCUCAGGAAGCUGCAUGUGCGGCAAAAUCAACUACGAAUACACAGGCGAGCCAGCCGUCACCGCACUCUGCCACUGCACUGACUGCCAGAAAUGGACCGGCGCCGCCUACACCUCCAACGUCGUCGUGCCCCGCACCAACUUCAAAGUCACAAAGGGCCAGCCCAAAGACUACGACGCCACGGGCGCGUCGGGGAAGAUAAACAAACAUUGGUUCUGCCCCACCUGCGGCAGCUCCCUCUACACGGAGCUGGAAAUCAUGCCCGACGUGACGUGUAUCAAGAGCGGUGGGCUGGAUGGCGGGAAGAAUGAUCAUAAGGUCGCGGUGGAGUUUUAUAAUCGUGAUCGGUUGGGUUAUGCGAGGCCUGUGGAGGGGGCGGAGCAGAAGGUGGAGUUUGGGUAG